AUGGAAGAAGAAAGAGCAAAUGAUAUACAAAGAAAGGCUACUUUCCACUCAAUUGGGCCACUUGGAAAACUUCAUAAUAUUAUGGCACAUAUUCGUGGCUCAGCUGGCCGUACAAAAGAAUUCAAAGAUUUGGCUGGGAGGCUAAUUCCACUUGAUAAUCGUACAAGAUGGAAUAGCUGGUAUUAUAUGCUCUCUGUGGCUCUUCAAUUCGAUGCUGCUCUUGAUAGCUAUACAAAAAGGCAUUUGGAUACUCUUGAAGCAGAGUAUUUAUCUCCAACAGACUGGGAAAAGCUUUGUACGACAAGCAAAUUCCUAAGUCUUUUUAACCGAGCUACCCUAAAAACUCAAGGGGAUCAAGCAACAAUUGAUAAUGUGCUUUUUGUGAUGGAUAUUAUUAUUAAGCACUUUGAAAAUGCCUUACAGGUUGAAUAUGUAUCAGAUAAGGAAUUCUGCGCUCGAAUUCAGAAUGGUUGGGAUGCCUUUAAUAAAUAUUACAGCAAAUCAGAUGAUUCACCUCUUUAUGCUGCAGCACUUAUUCUUCAUCCAGCUCGCCGUAUAAGCUGGCAAAAGCCUGCACUUCAGAAGGUUAAAAAGCUUUGGGAAGAAUAUCGCAAUAAUGCUCCUUAUCCUAUGAUCAUGCGAUCAUAUGAAAAUGAUCAACCUCGAGAUCUUGAUGACUUUGAUCGAAUUGCAGAAGACCUUGACGGAUUUUCGCGACCAGCAAGUCAGGAUGAAUUUGAAGACUAUAAUACUGAGUCUCCACGCAAGAUUUGUACAAGUGCUCUAACUUGGUGGUGUCAAGAUGAGCAACAAAAGCGCUGGCCAAGGCUUUCAUACAUAGCAAUUGAUAUCUUAUCAAUUCCAGCAAUGAGUGAUGAACCUGAGAGAGUAUUUUCAGGAGCACGUCAUACAAUCUCAUGGGAAAGGGCACAGCUAUCAGCUGAAAAUAUUGAGAGAAUAGAGUGUUUAAAACACUGGGCAAAAACCGGUAUUGCAGAAGAGAAACUUAAGGGCUAG